AAAAAACGCGUCCCCGGUUCCCUCCGGAGUGACGGCGAGGACUCGCUACAGCUCGGGCACUCGGCUGCGGUACAUGGGUCUUAAAGAGGGCCACAGGGGAGCGGCCCCUGGUCAAAUAAAAGCAAGCAUGAGUUCGAAUACACGUUUAACUACCCCAGGUGGGUUAAAUCCCACCCAUGGCGAUGCCAUGGCUCAGCCCCACCGUACUCUGGGGGGGGGCAAAACUCAUGAGGAAGAGAAGGAUGAGGAGAGAAGAGUGGUAGGAUGUGGUGAUGUGAAGGAGAAUACAAGGGACGGAGGCGAGAUGUCUAACCGGAGUACGCCCGUCCCACUCAAAGAUUGUAGAGUUAUGCUGGUGCGAACUCCACUACCCAUAUUGAGUCCAAAUAACAGCACAGGAGACCGUGAAGUUGAGGCCAUUACUGCCAUAGGAAAAAAUGUCGGACGACAAGUGAUGGAGGCCAGCCUGGAGACGAGCUGUGAGAUGCUCAGCGCUGACGUAUCGUUUACCUCCAUCAACUCACCACAUGUACAAGGGCGACCGGCGCGAUUUUUUCGUCGGAAAAGAAGGAAGGAAGAAUGCAGCUCUAGCGACGCUGGAACCCCUCACUCGACGAGAAAGUCGCGGGCUGCAUUAAGUAAACUCCAACGAGUAGAACGGGAGAAGAGGGUUGAAGCAGAACUACUAGAGGCGACCCCCAGUCCCCCAACAAAAACUGGAAGCACAGCGCAAACCGAACGUCACGCUGAUCCAAAGGUGAGGAUUGAGGCCAGUCUCGCUGCAGUGGAAAAAGUCGCCCGACACUCGAGUAACCUGAAGGGCACUUUUGUCUCAGCGCUAAAACAGGCGGUAACCUCGAUCCGUAGAGACGCCGAAGAGCUAGCUGACCGUACAGUCAGCGAGGAAACGAGGGCGCUCCGGAACGAAAAUGAGAGACUUCGUGGACAGGUGGAAGCACUUCAAAAAGAAAUGGCUGAGUUGAGAACCCUGAUACAAGAGUGCUCAAGGAAACCGGUGCAUAAAGAGCCAUUACGGACUUCUUCACCAUCUUCGCAGCUACCACAACUCUUAGCCGAGCUGGAAGGUCGUUUAAUGAGGCAAAUGGGCGAAUGUCUUAGCGCGAGACUCGCAAACCUGGAGCCUCGAUUAAAUGCGGAACCGAAAAUUCGGCCACCAUUAGCCGCGGAUCCGAUUCCAAUUGAGGACUCUACGACAAAGAGCAUAGAAGAACACUCGAUAGGGGAGAAGAGAAAAUCUAGGAAAGGAAAGAAGCUGCGGGCACCUGAUGCUAACAAUGCACCCGAUGCAGUAAGUGCGCAGAUCCCACCAACCCAGAGCAACCCAGAGGCAAACUGCGAGCAAGAGUGGAUAACAGUGCAAAGUAAGCGUAAACAGGCCAAGAAUACCCCAACCGCUGCCAUCGUAAAGCCCGCGGCUACGACUACUCAACGGCCACGAGCAAAGCUGAGAGCCCCGAAAUCCACGGCCGUUGUGCUUACAAUCACCGAAAAAGAACAGACCUACGCCUCUGUAUUACGGGAGGCAAAGGAAAAAAUUAAACUAAGUGAUUUGGGCAUAGAAGCCGUCAAAUUUAAGCGGGCGGCGACGGGAGCGGUGAUACUAGAGCUACCCGGAUCACGCAGUGGAGACAAGGCCGAUGCCCUUGCUAGUAAACUGAAAGAAAUCUAUGCUAGCGGGGUGAGCGUGUCGAGGCCGGAGAAGUGUGCCGAGGUACGAGUGGCCGGCCUCGAUGACUCUGUAACGUCGGACGAUAUCAAAAAGGCGAUAGCGGAGAUUGGGGGCUGCAACCGCGAACAAGUAAUAGUGAGUGAGGUUCGGCCAGACAGAACUGGAUUGUUUGGAGCCUGGGUUCGGUGUCCAAUUCUUGCGGCCAAGAAAAUCACCGAGGGACGACUACUCAUAGGCUGGGUCGCAGCAAGGGUAACCUUACUGGAACGCAAGGAAAUUAGGUGCUACCGGUGCCUUCAAAGUGGGCACGUAGCCAGCCGGUGCACGUUUGGCGCUGAUCGUAGCAAUCUCUGCUACCGCUGCGCACAACCAGGCCACCGGGCCGCGACUUGCGAGGGCAAACCCGUGUGCGUCCUUUGCACGGAAGCGGGCCGAAAGGCAGACCAUCGGCUAGGGAGCGCUAAAUGUCCGGCCCCUAGCGCCAAAGUUGCUAGAAGAGAGACGCCGCGGCACAACAUGGUUCCGACCGGGUCCGCCCCACCGGACGGGGCAGCAAUGCUUACAGAUAAAAUCGUAAAUGCCUAGCACGGUACGGUUCCUCCAAUGUAACCUCAACCACUGUGCCAAUGCCCAGGAUCUUCUGACACAAAGCAUGGCACAGUGGUCCAUUAAUGUUGCAAUGGUGUCAGAACCAUAUAUCUCAGAGCUGAGGACCGCUUCAAAUUGGAUUGUGGAUACGGAAGGCCUCGCAGCCGUU